AUGCAAGGCCUCCGUGUCGAUCGCAUCGAACCUGGCCAUCUCACUUGCUCCUUUAAAGUCCCUACUCGUUUAUUGAACACCGGUGAUUUCUUCCAUGGUGGAGUAACGGCAACGCUGGUGGAUUUAGUGGGGUCAGCUGUGAUUUACACUUUUGGACCUCCAGCAACCGCAGUGUCUGUGGAGAUCAAUGUUUCAUACUUGGAUGCUGCUUAUGCUGAUAUUAGUUUUUACGCUACUCUUUGUUUUGUUGUCCUUAAAGUUUUUGGUUUUGUUUUUAGUCAUUGUGGCAUAAAUUAAAAUGUGUCUCUAUCAGAAUAACUGGUCGAGUCUAAGAACGGAGAGGGAAACUGAUAUUGUUCUAUGCUUUACCAGUACUGCGUGCAUUGUGGCAAUACUGGUAUUAGUAUUCUUGUUUUUUCAGUUUAAUUUGCACCUUUGCCUAGGCAUAAUUGCUUUCUUAGCAAAAAUUGCAUUUUGGAUGGUUCUUAUUGUCUUGUUGCAAGAUCAAUGUGGAUAAUUUUCCAUAAGAAAUCCUGUGAAAUGGUCAUGAGAGUGACUUGUAGCAGGAUAUGGCAUCCACCUUGAAGUUAGAGACCACUUGCCUAGUUUGAUUUUUAGCACUUAAAAUGGGCUUGAAGGAGAUAAUGGACAGACCUAAUUUGGUGGACAGUGAUUACCUUGAAUUGGAAACAUGGUUUAAGGAGCAUGGCAGAUUCUCUUGAAAACAUGCAAACCUCAAAGACAGAUUCCAGGAAAUGUAAGGAAUCAAAGGUUUGUAUGUGUAUGCUCAUCAAUAAAUUAUAAGGCUUGUAAUUUGGCUAAGUGGGAAGUGAUCAUGUGGCAUUAAAAGCUUGA